AUGCUCCGAUGCUUUAAUGGACGAGCCGGCUCUCUUUACCAGCCAACCUCGUUGGUUUCCUCCCGUGCCUCUUUGGCAACCCACCGAAAAUCAGAAUAUAAUCAUCGCGGGCUCAGGAUUUCGGCCGCUUCCGCUUCGCAAGGUCGCGCAAGAUCGAGCUUGGUCGACUGUUACAAACCACCAGAGAAGGGCUUGAUAGCUUCUCUGCCACGAUCAUGGAUUCCAUACGCCGAGUUGCUGCGCCUUGAUAAGCCGACAGGCACAUACUACCUUUUCUUCCCUUGUCUAUAUUCCACCCUUUUUGCCGCAUCCAUGACUUCUGCUGGUCCAAUCCAAGUUGUUGGAACUGCUGGUCUUUUUCUCACCGGAGCUUUGAUAAUGCGAGGUGCUGGGUGUGCGAUCAAUGAUCUAUGGGACAGGAAUUUGGAUCCGCAUGUUGCAAGGACCAAGUUCCGACCAAUUGCGAGAGGGGCAAUUUCUCCUUGCAAAGCAAUCGCCUUUACCGGCGCUCAGUUACUCGCAGGGCUAGGUGUCCUGUUGCAGUUUCCAGCCCAAUGCCUCUGGUAUGGUAUACCUAGCUUGCUUUUGGUGACCACUUAUCCCCUCGCCAAGCGUGUGACAUACUAUCCGCAAGCUGUACUAGGUCUCACAUUCUCGUGGGGGGCGAUCAUGGGGUUUCCAGCAUUGGGUGUCGACCUCCUUCAUAAUACUCUCGCCUUGGAAGCAGCUGCUGCGCUUUAUUUCAGCUGUGUUGCCUGGACAGUUCUAUACGAUAUGAUAUAUGCGCACAUGGACAUAAAAGAUGAUGUAGCGGCCGGCAUAAAGUCAAUUGCCCUUCGUCACGAAAAUAAUACAAAAGCUGUCCUCACAGCACUAGCAGGGGUUCAAAUAUCACUGCUUGCUGCUGCUGGUAUUGCAGCUGGUAGCGGGCCUGUUUUCUUUAUUGGCAGCUGCGGCAGCGCGGCUCUUUCCCUUGGCGCAAUGAUCUGGAAAGUUCAGUUGAAAAAUGUACAGAACUGUUGGUGGUGGUUCAAAAAUGGCUGUCUUUUUACUGGGGGAGGUAUCACUGUGGGAUUGCUCCUGGAUUAUGUCGCGCGUAUUACUGGCUUCUAUGAAGAAGCCGCAGAGUCGCGUUGUUAA